CUUUAAACUACCCAUGAUGCCUUGAGGGGGGCCUAGAGACCCAAACAUGGCGGCCUCUGCCACUAUCAUGAGAUUGAAGGUAUUUCAGCCUUUUGUGGGCUGUAUGAAGAACAACCUCACUCUUCUGACAAAAUUGCAGGUUCCAAAUGUGUUUCCUUGUUGUCAUCGUGCUACAAAAACACCUCUUCCUCUACGUUACAAAUACAUGGACCGAUACCAUUAUGGAAUCUACGCCAAGCAGCCUGCACUGGUGAAAGACUGCGCACUGGAGUCAGCUGGGCUGGCCAUCGUCCGUGCCACAAAAACAAAGGAAAUGUACAUGGUGACAGCAGACAUACCAGUGACCAGAAAACCAUUAGGGAGUAAAAUGGGCAAAGGAAAAGGCAAAGUCAAUCAUUAUGUGGCAAAUAUUAUGGCAGGAAAAGUUGUGUUUGAAUUCAAUUGUGACAAUGAGGCUCAAGCCUUUGAGGCUUUUGAGCAAGCCACGUAUAAGCUGCCAAUGCGCACACAUCUGAGAGUGAAACCUUCAGGGAAAAAGGAAAUAUGGACUAAUUUUUGAAAGGCAUGCGCAAUACUUGUACAUCCCCCCUUAAUAACCUUCAUUUGAGAAAGAACGUUCAGCUAAGGAGCUGGCCAUUUCUAGGUUGACAUCGUUCGUGAAUUUUUUUCCAAGGAUCACAUACAGAUUACAUGCAAUAUGAAAGUAAAGGUGCCUUUUUAAAUGAAUGUUGACAACAUGCUAAGUUGACGAUUUCGAAAAUCUUUCUAUUUCUACGUUUGAAACAAUGGUUUCCAUCAGAGAAAGUGGGAGAAUAGUCUAGAUUAAGACAAGAAUAAUCUCUCCGUCUGAAUUAAAAAAAAUAAUAACAGCUUAAGCCGUCGAAAUUAAAUGUGGAUAAUUCUGCGUUGCAGCCGAAGGAUUCUCGGAUCUGCAAUGCCAGAUGAACACCCAAAACAGAAGAAGCUCAAUUUUCGUCGUUUUAGGUACUGAGACACCGGGUAAUUUAUCCAGAAGUUCUAAAAAAAUUCGCAAUAAACCAAUCAGACUGGACGAUCACUCUA